CACAGUGGCGGCAGUGGUUCCCACCAAAACAAGGAGCUAGGUUUGACGUUGACAGCAUCCUUUGUAAUGACUUAGUAUCGUAACAUUUACACAGAUUCUCCCUUCAACUCACAACAGGGGGAUCUGUACACAAAUCUGUCAGCCAGCAAGUAUGUGAUGUUGCCUGUGGACAAUGUUAUGGCGAGGCAAAAGUUUGCUAACUAGCAGCCAGCCAGCGAGGGAGGAGGAGGAGGGCGCUAACUAGGCAACGCUGUUAGCCAGCCAACCGAAGAUCUGAUUUGGGCAGAAAGAAGUUGGAGUCUCCAGUGAGGUGGCACAAUGAAACUUCAGUGCGAUGUCGAAGUGAUCAAUAGGAUGUUGCCUACGUUUGGGAUGAAGAAUCGGGGCAAAGGAGCGAGGGCAGUGUUGUCCAUUGGAAGACACGUGGACAAGACGACACAGAAGAGUAACAUCUAUCUGUUGAUUUGCACGGCCAAGGACAGAGCUGGGUCAAAAUACAAGCUGAAGGAGAACAUUGAGAAGUUCUUUACAAUGUUUGUGGAUGAAGGCAAAGCCACCAUAAGACUGAAGGAACCGGCUGUUGACAUCUGUUUGAGCAAGGCAGAUGCCAACAGUCUGAAGAACUUCCUCUCGGCGGCUCGUCUGGCUCACAGAGGAAGCGAUGCCGACACCAUGCCCCUUUCCACCCUGACGCCAGUGCGCGCCCGCGACGUGGAGAAGCCCAAAAAGAAGAUGGUGGUGGUGUCCAAGAAGGACUAUCCCCUCACCUCCAACUUCCCCUACUCCCUGGAACACCUGCAGGUGUCCUACUGCAAGCUGUCGCGCGUGGACAUGCGCAUGCUGUCCCUGAAGCACCUCCGCAAGCUGGACCUGAGCCACAACCACAUCAAGAAGCUGCCGGCCACCAUCGGGGACCUGGGCUCGCUGGCCGAGCUGGUGCUGCACAACAACCACCUGGAGAGCUUCAGCGUGCCGCUCUGCCUCUCCAGCCUGCAGCGCACCCUGCAGCACCUGGACCUCAGCCAGAACCGGCUGCAGGCGCUGCCCGCCGAGCUGUGCCAGCUGCGGGAGCUGGUCAACCUCAAGCUGGACGACAACAAGCUGGCGAGGCUGCCGGCGCGCGUGGGCGAGCUGUCCAAGCUCAGGUACCUGUCGGCUGCCCACAACCAGCUGGCGUUCCUGCCCAGUGACUUCCGGAAGCUGUCCCUGGAUAACCUGGACCUGUUCGGCAACCCCUUCACGCAGCCCAACCCCUUUGACCACACCAUCCAGCUCAAGUUCCCUCUCACACUGCUGGAGUUGGCAUCAAGGGCUGUCGUUAAUCUCAGGAUUCCGUACGGACCUCAGAGCAUUCCCUAUCACCUGUGCCCCGAGCUGGACGCGGCCAAGGUGUGCGACUGCGGGCGCGUCUGCCUCAACUCCUUCAUCCAGACGUCGGUGAGCAUGAACCUGCACCUGGUGGCCCAUACGGUGGUGCUGGUGGACGACAUGGGUGGCACCGAGGCCCCCGUGCAGCGCCACUUCUGCUCCCUUAUGUGCUACUGCGAGUUCCUCGAUAACUGUGUGCAGAGAGGCGUCAGAUGAUCAUGGACCUUUUUUAUUUUGGUUAGGUUUUUUGUUUUGAUAUUUUACAAUCCACAUUGGCUGUUUUCUGCUUGACCAUUGUUUUCACCCCCUGACACCGACUAGUCAGCCUCAACAACUGUCUGCAAGAGAGGACUCCGAUGACGGCCCUAUAGUACUUUUUGGUCACUUUUUGAUUUUUUUAAGGUACUUUCUUGUUUUGUUUAUUAUUAUUAUUAUUAUUAUUACUAUUAUUUUUUAAACCCACAUUGGCGGUUUCUGCGAUUUCUUUGACCUCCUGAAAGCUAUUAGCCAGUGUGAGGACCCCGUGUGAGGAUGCCGGCCGGAUUGGAUAUGGAGAUAUGGCGAGUUCCUCAACAGCCGUGUGCAGUUUUUUUUUUCUUUGAAGUUGAAACCCACAUUGACCGUUUAUGCUGGACCAUUCAUUCGCUAAGAACUAGUCGCCAUUGCCAGAAUAUCUGGCAUUUUGGAUAUGAACAUGCUUAUCACAUACAUUGCUGGUUCAAUUUAUAAUACUGACUGAGACUUUUUUUCCCGACAUUUAUGUCCAUCACUCACCAGCCAGUGUUGUUAGGUCAACAUUCACAGCUUGAAGCAACAAUUAAGGGCUGGCUAUCCUAAUGUACGGUUUGUUCUGUCUGUUUUCUGUAUAUCUGUUUGAAUAUGGGGUGCACUUGAAACUUGACAUUUAGCACUCCAUUAGUAUUACUUGAGUGGAAUGUGAGUGGAAGAGAUUUUUUUUUACUCCUUGUAGUGGUUUAUAUGUUUGAAUAAAUGCAAUUUUAAAUAAACGCAAAAAAGGACAAAUAGACAAAA